CACCUGCAGCUACAAGCUGGCCCCGGCUCUCCAGCCACGAGGCUGGUGUUUGUGCGUCCGGCACAUCUUCGGUCCCCUCUCUGCUCCGUACCCGUCCGUCGAGCCCCGGCACAGGACGAGGGAGCCCAGACACCAUGGCGGUAUCGGGGGCCUGGCCCCAGCCGAAAAUCCGGCCUACGCUCCUGCUCUUCCUGGCAGCUGCAGCCUGUGCACUAACACCACUCGAAUUGAAGGCCAACGCCAGCUCAGGGACCAGUGAGGAAAGCCGGCACAUCGGUGCCGGUCUGGAAACUACCUCACCCUCUGCUGACUUAACCAGCACCAGCCCCGGGCCCUCUGCCGAAUUAACCAGCAACAGCCCCGGGCCCUCUGCCGAAUUAACCAGCCCCAGCCCCGGGCCCUCUGCCGAAUUAACCAGCAACAGCCCCGGGCCCUCUGCCGAAUUAACCAGCCCCAGCCCCGGGCCCUCUGCCGAAUUAACCAGCCCCAGCCCCGGGCCCUCUGCCGAAUUAACUGGAAACAGCACCAAGCCCUCUGCCAAAUUAGCCGGGCAUCCACCCACCGCGGCACAGCAGGAACUCACCACCACCCAGACGCUGGCAAUGAAGGAGCCGGUUGUCUCGGUGUCUCCAUCUGCCCUUCCCUCUACGGAGGCAGCCCUGGCCCUGGGAUCCGGCCCGGCCGGGGCGACGGCAGCGGGUGGAAAACAGCCCGUCACGGAUCUGACGCGGGAGGGACUGAAGGGGCAAGCGGGCACGGUACCAGGGAGCCCAGGUCCGGGGCAGGAGACUCAGACACUGCCAGGCAGGAGCGGGCAGAACGAAAGCGCCCCCACGGAGACCGCCAAGGCCAAGGGCAUCGAUCAGAGCGGGGACAACCGGACCGUGCCAGCCAGCACCGAUCGGACCGGACGCUACCGGGAGAACCAGCCCACCCCCAAACUCUCACCCUCUGCUCUACCCCCCACUCCGCCUGUCAACAAAAAGCCCGACUCCAAGGCUCCGGCCCCCACCCCCACCCCCACCUCCUCCUCCUCCUCCUCCUCCUCCACUGUGAGCAUCAUUGUGGUGCUGGUCGUUGUCGCCAUCCUGGUGCUGGCCCUGGUCGCUAUGGUGCUGCACUGUCGGAAGCGGCGCCGGUCCGGCUCCACCAGCUUCAGCGGGCGGGCGGGGCCUGGCGAGUGGGCAGGGCCAGUGAGCCUGCCAGAGGAGAAGGGCGAGGGGCAGGCCGGGGACGGGGGGCAGCAGGCCGGGCCGGGCGAAGCCAGGCGGCCCACGCUGACCACUUUCUUCGGGAAGCGCCACUCCCGGGUGUCCUCGGUGGCCAUGGAGGACGUGGCCGGGGCGAAGGGCGAGGGGCCCCUUUCGGAGCCCCUGCUGGCUGCAGGGGAGCAGGGGGGUGACCCCACACCGCAGGGGGCAGGGGAAGCCAAUGGGACAGUGCCCUUGAUGCCCGGACCCCCCUCACCCCCUCCGGAUCCCCCCGCCAAUGGGGAAUUCCCCCUGCCCCCGCCCAUGGAGCAGGAAGCCAUGCCCCCUGUGUAAGCCCCGCCCCAAUCACCUGCCCUGCCCACAGCACCCCCUGCUGAGGGAGGCCGGAGCUGUUUCCAUCUGCCCACCUAGGCUCUGUGGGAUUCCUUGUCUUUCUUGCUCAAGUCUUUCUUUGUGUCUUUUGCAAGAUUUUCCGCCGUCCCCAGCCACAAGUUUCCUGUUUAUGAUUCACUCUUCGAGG